AUGAAUAACCCCCCGGCCUGCAGUCUGGAGGCGGCAGCAGCGGCGGUGCCCGGCCACCACGAGGGCCCGUGCGCGCCCAGGACCAGCCCAGAGCAGGAGCUGCCCGCCACCGCCGCCGCGCCGCCGCCGCCGCCGCCUCGCGUGCCAAGGUCCGCGUCCACCGGCGCCCAAACUUUCCAGAUCCCGGACCCCCGAGCCUGCGAGGCCGAGCGGCCCGGAGUGGGCGCUUGCAAAUUCGACAGCGCCCGGGCGCCGGCCGCGUCGGCGGCUCUGCGGGACUGGAGCGAGGCGCACGGAGCUCAGGGCGCUCCGCCCGCCGCCGGGGUGGCGGGCCCGGGCAACGCGCUGCCUUGUAAGAUCCCGGCCCUGCGCGGCCCCGAUGGAGAUGCGAACGUGAGUGUGGGCAAGGGGACCCUGGAGCGGAAUAACACCCGGGCCGUGGGCUGGGUGAAUAUGAGCCAGAGCACCGUGGUGCUGGGCACGGAUGGAAUCACGUCGGUGCUCCCGGGCAGCGCGGCCACCGCGGCCUCCCAGGAGGACGAGCAAGGGGAUGAGAAUAAGGCCCGAGGGAACUGGUCCAGCAAACUGGACUUCAUCCUGUCCAUGGUGGGGUACGCAGUGGGGCUGGGCAAUGUCUGGAGGUUUCCCUACCUGGCCUUCCAGAACGGGGGAGGUGCCUUCCUCAUCCCCUACCUGAUGAUGCUGGCUCUGGCUGGGCUGCCCAUCUUCUUCCUCGAGGUCUCGCUGGGUCAGUUUGCCAGCCAGGGGCCAGUGUCCGUGUGGAAGGCCAUCCCGGCCCUGCAGGGCUGUGGUAUCGCCAUGCUGAUCAUCUCCGUCCUGAUAGCCAUCUACUACAACGUGAUUAUUUGCUACACCCUCUUUUACCUGUUUGCCUCCUUUGUGUCUGUACUGCCCUGGGGCUCGUGCAACAACCCUUGGAAUACACCAGAAUGCAAAGAUAAGAGCAGACUUCUGUUAGAUUCCUGUGUUGUCAGUGAGCACCCCAAAAUACAGAUCAAGAACUCAACUUUCUGCAUGACUGCCUAUCCUAACUUGACAAUGGUCAACAUCACCAGCCAGGCCAACAGGACGUUCGUCAGUGGGAGUGAAGAGUAUUUCAAGUAUUUCGUGUUGAAGAUUUCUGCGGGAAUUGAGUAUCCAGGGGAAAUCCGGUGGCCUCUGGCCUUCUGCCUCUUCCUGGCUUGGGUGAUCGUAUAUGCAUCCCUGGCCAAAGGCAUCAAGUCAUCGGGAAAAGUGGUGUACUUCACGGCCACGUUCCCAUACGUCGUGCUGGUCAUCCUCCUCAUCCGAGGGGUCACCCUGCCCGGAGCUGCUGCUGGGAUCUGGUACUUCAUCACCCCAAAGUGGGAGAAGCUCACGGAUGCCACGGUGUGGAAAGACGCUGCCACUCAAAUUUUCUUCUCGCUGUCUGCUGCCUGGGGAGGCCUCAUCACUCUCUCUUCCUACAACAAAUUUCACAACAACUGCUACAGGGACACUCUCAUCGUAACGUGCACCAACAGUGCCACGAGCAUCUUUGCUGGCUUUGUCAUCUUCUCAGUGAUUGGAUUCAUGGCUAAUGAGCGCAAGGUCAACAUAGAGAACGUGGCCGACCAAGGACCAGGCAUUGCGUUUGUGGUUUACCCGGAAGCCUUAACCAGGCUGCCCCUCUCUCCCUUCUGGGCCAUCAUCUUUUUCCUGAUGCUGCUCACUCUUGGACUGGACACUAUGUUUGCCACCAUUGAGACCAUAGUGACCUCCAUCUCAGAUGAGUUCCCCAAGUACCUCCGCACACACAAGCCAGUCUUCACUCUGGGCUGCUGCGUUUGUUUCUUCAUCAUGGGCUUUCCAAUGAUCACUCAGGGUGGGAUCUACAUGUUUCAGCUCGUGGACACCUAUGCUGCUUCCUAUGCCCUCGUCAUCAUUGCCAUUUUUGAGCUCGUGGGAAUAUCCUAUGUGUACGGCUUGCAAAGGUUCUGUGAAGACAUAGAGAUGAUGAUUGGAUUCCAGCCAAACAUUUUCUGGAAAGUCUGCUGGGCGUUCGUCACCCCCACCAUUCUGACUUUUAUCCUGUGCUUCAGCUUUUACCAGUGGGAGCCCAUGACCUACGGCUCUUACCGCUACCCUAACUGGUCCAUGGUGCUUGGAUGGUUGAUGCUUGCCUGCUCCGUUAUCUGGAUCCCAAUCAUGUUCGUGAUCAAAAUGCAUUUGGCCCCUGGCAGAUUUAUUGAGAGGCUGAAAUUGGUGUGCUCGCCGCAGCCCGACUGGGGUCCUUUCUUAUCUCAGCACCGUGGGGAGCGUUAUAAGAACAUGCUUGACCCCUUGGGAACCUCAUCGCUGGGACUCAAACUGCCCGUGAAGGAUUUGGAACUGGGUACCCAGUGCUAGUCCGGCGGCACAGGCCGGCUCUCGAUCCCAUUUCCCCUCGCCUCCCUCUGAUGUUUUCCCCAGUUUCCUUCCCCGUUUUCUUCUUUCUCCCUCCAUCUCGGUUCAUAUCCGUGCAUGAGAGUGGUUAUGUAGAAAAGUAGGACAUAGUAUCGCAUGCUAUAGUGAAGAGCUAGACAGACCAUCUGAAGCGCUGUUUGCCUGUGUUCAUGGUGUUAGAGCCUGGCAGG